CGUUUCGUCCUUUCGGGAGCACAGAAGGUUACUUGCGCGCGUAGAAGUUACAGACCGGCGCGGUUCGAGUACCGGCAUACGUACACACUAAAAAAAACUACUACUUACCGCUCUCAGUGCAGGAAGUACAAUAACAACCUUUUUGUUUGUGGUAUAAAGUGCUGUCGUUCCGUUCUGUGUUGACGAUCGUUUAACUUUCAUGCUAAUAAAAAAAAACAACAAGAGUAACAGAGAAGGAGAACAUAGCACGAGCGCCUGUGUUGUAUUUUUGCGAGUGUGCGGGUGGGAGAGACUGAGCAAAAAUAAGUAACACGUUCCCCAAGAAGCUUCAUCUUCAUCAAAGUUCCCUUCAAUCAGCCAAACGUCGUCCAGCAAACAAGCAGCAUCAUCGAUCAGUAUUUCCCGUCAGCUUUUCGACCGUUAUUAUAGUGUAAUAAAUAGUUGCGAGUGUGUGUGAAGUUUGUGAAUCGCAAGUUCUAGCCGAAAAAGUGUUCUAUUUUCACCGACGAAAAUGGUUGCCAGCGGUAAAAUGAUGAACGUGCGCGUCACGACGAUGGACGCGGAGCUGGAGUUCGCGAUCCAGCAGGGCACCACAGGCAAGCAGCUGUUCGACCAGGUCGUGAAGACGAUCGGUCUGCGCGAGGUGUGGUUCUUUGGACUACAGUACACAGACUCGAAGGGCGAUAACACGUGGAUUAAGCUGUACAAAAAGGUGAUGAGCCAGGAUGUGCAGAAAGGUGACCCGCUGCUGUUUAAAUUUCGUGCCAAAUUCUACCCGGAAGACGUAGCCGAGGAACUGAUCCAAGACAUCACGCUGCGCCUGUUCUACCUGCAGGUGAAGAAUGCGAUCCUUUCGGAUGAGAUCUACUGCCCACCGGAAACGUCCGUGCUGCUCGCGUCGUACGCCGUCCAGGCGCGCCAUGGCGACUACAACAAGGGCACCCACGUGCCCGGCUUCCUGGCCAAGGAUCGUCUGCUCCCGCAACGAGUUAUCGAUCAGCACAAAAUGUCCAAGGAUGAGUGGGAAAAUUCUAUCACGACCUGGUGGCAGGAGCACCGCGGCCUGCUGCGCGAGGACGCAAUGAUGGAAUAUUUGAAGAUUGCGCAAGAUCUGGAAAUGUACGGCGUAAACUAUUUCGAGAUUCGCAACAAGAAGGGCACGGAGCUGUGGCUCGGCGUCGAUGCACUCGGUCUCAACAUCUACGAAAAGGAGGAUCGUCUGACGCCGAAGAUUGGUUUCCCGUGGUCGGAAAUCCGCAACAUCUCGUUUAACGAUCGCAAAUUCAUCAUCAAGCCGAUCGAUAAGAAGGCGCCAGAUUUCGUGUUUUUCGCGCCGCGUGUUCGAAUCAACAAGCGCAUCCUGGCACUGUGCAUGGGCAACCACGAGCUGUACAUGCGCCGCCGCAAACCGGACACGAUCGACGUGCAGCAGAUGAAGGCGCAGGCCCGCGACGAGAAAAACGCCAAGCAGCAGGAGCGCGAAAAGCUGCAGCUAGCGCUGGCGGCACGCGAGCGUGCCGAGAAGAAGCAACAGGAGUACGAGGACCGGCUACGCUCGAUGCAGGAGGAGAUGGAGCGCAAGCAGGCGAACUUGAGCGAGGCGCAGGACACGAUCCGUCGGCUGCAGGAGCAGCUGAAUCAGGUGCAGGCGGCCAAGGAGGAGCUCGAGCAGCGCCAGAACGAACUGCACGAGAUGAUGCAGCGCCUGGAGGAGACCAAGAACAUGGAGGCGACCGAACGGGCCAAGCUGGAGGAGGAGAUCCGCAUUAAGCAGUUCGAGAUGCAGAAGAUCCAGGAGGAGGUUACGCUCAAAGAUUCGGAAACGAAACGCCUGCACGAGGAGGUCGAGGAAGCGAUACGGAAACAGAACGAGGCAGCUGCUGCGUUGCAGGCCGCCACCACUACCCCGAAACACCAUCAUGUGGAGGAGGAGGAAGAGAACGAGGAGGAACUGAUCAAUGGCGAGAACGGUACGCAGGACUUCUCUAAAGACUUCGACACCGACGAGCACAUUAAGGAUCCGGUAGAGGAGAGACGCACGCUUGCCGAGCGUAACGAGCGCCUGCAGGACCAGCUGAAGGCCCUUAAGCAAGACCUCGCCCUGUCGCGUGACGACACGAUGGAGACGCCGAACGAUAAGAUCCAUCGGGAGAAUGUGCGUCAAGGACGGGACAAGUACAAGACGUUGCGUGAAAUCCGCAAGGGCAACACCAAGCGCCGCGUGGACCAGUUCGAGAACAUGUAAAAACGCGUGAUGGGAUGUGUUCGUGCGCAGAGGGUCGGGCUGCAACGCCGGUCUUCGGAUUAACACCCACAAAGCAGAGGACGAAUUAAACAACAACAAAAAAACAAACAAACAAACAACAAACAAUACUAUCUACUAAAGCAGAAGAUGUGAAAAGAACGCUCUAUAUCGGAAGAGGUUGUAGGAAAGAUUUAUAACCCGCUCAUAUGAUAAAAAAAAAUACUGUACACAGCACCACCCCGAAAAGAAAAGAAAUACCCCCAACAUCCUUUAAUCCAACUUAAAGUUAUAAU